AUGCCGAGAGACUUCAAAGCACCCGUCAAUGUGUCCCCGCUCAUCAGGUUUGGCAGAUGGAGCUUCCUGUUGUUAGGGGUGACCUAUGGAGCUACCAGACAUAGUUAUCUCCAAAAGAAAGAAGAUAAAACAAAGGAAACUCGUCAUCAAAAGAUUGCUGAAAGAGAAGCCAAGCUUGCUGCAGAAAAGAAGAAAUAUGCAGAAGAUGAAAUCAAAAAUUUGGAAAUUAUGUUCAAUCCACCAAAGACUGUUACAUAA